UAUAUGUACGAAUACGGAGGCAGAAGAGACAAGAAAAUUGAACAGAAGAAGAAUAAGAGGAAUCCCAAGGAGAAUCUGCUGAAGCGGAAACACAAGAAAGGAGAGAAGAGAAUGAAAGGUUUGUUUAAAGAAUCUCAGAGUAUAAAAGAUCAAGCAAGUGGAGAAAGGGUUUAGUGCUAAGGGUUCUAUCAAAUUAUGAACAAGAAAAUCGCAGAAUUAGAGCCGUCAACAAGCAGAAAGCGCACGCGAGAUAAAGAAUCCGAGCCCGAAUCGGAGGAUGAUGUUGAGAGUUCGCGUUCUCUGUCCUUAGAGGAGAAUUUCACGUUCAGUGAUACUCUGAUGGCUCUUCGGAUGAUGCGUGCCCAGUUUCCUCACAUUGAAAAAGUUUCAGUUGAACCUUUUGUGUUGCAGUCACAGUUGUACAGCAGCAUAAAGGAUAGGACACAAGUGGAUAGGGAAUUAGAGUCUUUACGAAGGGACAAACUGUUGCGGAUGUUUAAGUUAACUACUGGACAGGACGAUCAUGCUGUAAUGUUUACAGAAGAUUACCUAAAUCAGAUUGAACGGGUUGUCAGAAGAAUGGAAGAAAAGCAGCAAAAUGACCUCACAGUUUUCGAGUGGUUUAAGAUGCAUGUCAUACAGUCGAAGCUGGAUACAAGCAUUGGUCAUCAAGAGCUUUGUUCACUUCUUUCAUUGGGGGGAAAGGUGAAAGAUGAACAAAUCUCUCAGUUAAUUAAUGCUGGUCUGCUUAUUCGCCAACUUAUUGAUGAAAAUAUGUAUUGGUUUUCAAUUCCAAACAUUGGUUCAGUGCUCAAAGGUCUCUCACAGGGAAGGAAGGAGCUGUUGUCUUUUCUCAGCCGUAGGAAGUACAGAGAGAUGAUGAUGGCUACUUUAGAGAAGAAGCGCCUGCGACUUUCUCCUCUUGAUAUGAGAUUUCAUCUACGAGAUCUCAUCGGUUCCGGCCACCUCAAAACCGUUCAGACACCCAGUGGCCUCAUUGUUCGGGUUGCAAAGGAUUAAAGUUCAGGAGGAAACGAGCGUUGUGUGGCACUUCCGAUUCGUUUGAAGGAAGGUAGCUUCGUAACAACGUUGCCGAGUGAGUGCUGUCUCUAUCAUAAUAGCUACAGUUCAAUUUUCACGGCCCAAUAAUUGUGUACUAAGACAGGCAGGCGUACGCCCUUUACAAAACUUCCCCAUCUUAACUUCAUGUCAUGCAUGCACCA